AUAAACCAUCGACUCAUCCGUCAUCCCUCGCCGCAGCCAGCAACAGCAACCAGUUCCCUCCCACCAAAAACCCUAGCCCUUCCCCCGGAUUCCUCCCCUCGCCACCGCGGAGCCGAGCCCGAUGCCGCCCAAGUCGUCGAAGAAGGAUGCCGGCCCGGUGGAGCGCCCCAUCCUCGGCCGCUUCUCCUCCCACCUCAAGAUCGGAAUCGUUGGGUUACCCAAUGUUGGCAAAUCAACUUUCUUUAACAUAGUGACAAAGUUGUCAAUCCCAGCUGAGAAUUUCCCUUUCUGUACCAUUGAACCAAAUGAGGCACGGGUGUAUGUUCCGGACGAGCGAUUUGACUGGCUUUGUCAGCUUUACAAGCCAAAGAGCGAGGUGUCUGCAUAUCUGGAAAUAAAUGACAUAGCCGGGCUUGUUAGGGGAGCUAGUGCAGGGGAGGGUCUGGGCAAUGCCUUCUUAUCCCAUAUACGUGCUGUUGAUGGAAUCUUUCAUGUCUUGAGAGCAUUCGAAGACAAGGAAAUCACUCAUAUUGAUGAUACAAUAGAUCCUGUUCGCGAUUUGGAAACUAUCAGUCAAGAGCUAAGACUAAAGGAUAUAGAGUUUGUGCAGGCCAGGAUUGAUGACCUUGAUAAGCAGAUGAAGAGGAGCAAUGACAAGCAACUCAAGAUAGAACACGAAUUAUGUCAAAGGGUAAUGGCACAUCUCCGAGAAGGGAAAGAUGUACGUCUAGGAGAAUGGAAAAGUGCUGAGAUUGAGAUCUUGAAUACUUUCCAGCUACUUACGGCUAAGCCAGUUGUCUAUUUGGUGAACAUGAGCGAGAAAGACUACCAGAGGAAAAAGAACAAGUUUCUACCCAAGAUACAUGCUUGGGUGCAAGAACAUGGUGGUGAAACUAUUAUUCCUUUCAGCUGUGCUUUUGAACAGAAACUGGUGGAUAUGCCAGCGGAUGAAGCUGCUAAAUAUUGUGCUGAAAACCAGAUAACAAGUUUGAUCCCCAAAAUCAUCAAGACUGGUUUUGCAGCAAUUCAUCUUAUAUACUUCUUCACUGCUGGUCCUGAUGAGGUAAAAUGUUGGCAGAUCAGACGUCAAACUAAAGCCCCUCAAGCUGCUGGUACCAUUCACACUGAUUUUGAAAGAGGUUUCAUAUGUGCUGAGGUAAUGAAGUUUGAAGAUCUAAAAGAACUGGGCAGUGAAUCUGCUGUCAAGGCUGCUGGAAAGUACAGGCAAGAAGGGAAGACCUAUGUGGUGCAGGAUGGAGACAUCAUCUUCUUUAAGUUCAAUGUUUCUGGAGGUGGAAAGAAGUGAUAGUUUGAUGGUAUUUAUCAAAGUUCUGCAUUUUUUAGUUCACUUGCAAUACCAGGUACGGAGUACUGAUUGAGGAUUGUACUAGAAGGCUAAAGCUACCAAUGUUGUAUAACGAGCCUAAAAGUUACUGAAAGAAUUUAUAUGGUCUGGUGAUCUGCUAGGGCGAUUGGGCAUGCUGUUCUCUUGCCCCAGAGUUUAGAUCCAUAAGCUAGAACUGUUUCUGCUUUUCUUUUGCCCCACUUCUCGAUGUUCUAACUUCGUGUGUACCAGUUGCAAGAACAAUACAGUUCUAUGCUUAUGGUUACUCGGUUUGGCAAAUGAAGUAUGUACUGUAUCUUUUUUCUUC